CGAAAACUGGACUAUAUGUCAAAAAGUUGUUGACAUUAUUUUGACAGAUGUCAAAACACAUACGUUUUCACUCAUUUUAGUCAUGUUUUAGCGGUUUUAAGUUAAACAGUUAGUGUUAACCUGCAUUUAGCGUUAAAAUCGCCGUCCCGAACACCCUUUCGUAGACUGUACCAAUUUCUAGGUUAUGUGUACUUAGGUCGUCACAACAAUGUUGCCCGGAAUCGGCCUCUUCGGCACCGGCCCCGUGGUCAAAGUCCUCGUGCCCAUCCUCCGCGAGAACGGCUUCAAGAUCGAGGCCGUGUGGAGCCGCACCCUGCAGGACGCCCAAGAGCUCGCCAAAGACCUCAGCAUCCCCUUCUUCACCAACAAGAUCGACGACGUCCUCUUGCGCAAAGACGUCGACCUGAUUUUCGUCUUGUGCUCGCCCAACUUGCACGCCCAAAUCUCCGUCAAAGCCCUAGGCAUCGGCAAGCACAUAGUGUGCGACAAACCUGCAGGCCUCAACCAGUGCGACGCUUUUAAAAUGGUCCGCGCCGGCCAGUACUACCCCUCGCUCAUUUCCCUCAUCAACCACCCCUUCCGCUUCCUGCCCGCCUUCACCCACAUGAGGAAAGCCAUCAAAGACAACUACCUCGAGUCCCCCAUCACUCUAAUUGACAUCCGCAUCCAAAGCGGCUCGCUCUUCACCGACAGCGACAGCUUCGACUGGAAGUGCGACGACAUCAUGGGCGGCGGCGCGCUCAACCUCAUCGGCAGCCACGUCGUGGACCUGGUGACCUUCCUCACGAAGCAGCGCGCCGUGCGCGUGCACGGAGUGGUGCGGACCUUCACCAAGACCACGAGCAGCAUCAACGGGAUCCGACACAUCUCGGCGCCGGACUUCUGCUCGUUCCAGAUGGAGCUGGCCAACGGGGUCUUGGUGACGGCCACGCUCAACAGUCACACGGUGGGCAGCAGUUUCCAGCAGGAGGUGAUGAUUUGCAGCACGAGCGGGCACCUGGUGGUGCGAGGCGGCGAUUUGUUCGGGCGCAGGAACCGCGGCAACGAGGAGGUGCUGUACUUGGACGUGGAGGAUCUGCAGUGCGCCGUCCCCAGCUCCAGUCUGCCGAAGCCGUUCAUCAAGGGGAUUUGCAAGAUGGUGGCGGCGUUGAGGGAGGCGUUCCUGCCGGUGAAGGAGAAGGCGGGGUGGGUGAAGGAGCCGGUGUGUUCAGCGGCCAAUUUCGAUGAUGGGUUGUACGUGCAGGCGGUGCUGAGUGCGAUUAGACAGUCGUCGAACACGAGGCAGUGGGUGAAGGUGGACAUUAUGACGAAGCAGCCGGACACUAACGCGUUGCUGAGUGCGGCGGUGAGGCGGACUGCCAUCUCUAUGUCUUAAGAUUAUUUAUUUUUUGUUGAGGAUAGGUAGCAAAGUUUAUGGAUCUGAGAGAUUAAAAAAUGAAAUUAUUGUAUUAUAUAUUUUUUAUUAAUCCUUAGGUGUAUUUAUUUAUACUCGAAU